AUGAGGUGGGAGUGCAGCAACUCGAAGAUCCGUGUCACGCAGAUCCAAGUCGGCACCGACGGCUUGGCUGUGGUCGUCUCAAAGGGCGGCCGGGCACACGACUGCCUGACGUCGGCGGAGGUGGGCGGUCUGACCUUGGCCAUGCUCCACUGGAUGUUCACCGACUGGAGCAACGAGCAGCUGGAGAGCUACGGCGUGGAUUUGGCCUCCGUGAUCCCCAACGACGACGCGGACGGCAUCAAGGAGUGGAGCGACCUGUCUUCGGCGUGCCCAGAGGUGCCCAUCAACCUCUACGGUCCAGGCUCCGACUCCGGGACCUACGACUUCUUCGCAGAGGCCACGCUCUGCGAGGACUGCUUCGGGGGGGAGGACGGCUACGACCCCGAAGGCUUCCCGUACUGCCCCUCGGACAAGCACAGCGCCCUGGAGCAGCUCAGCACGGAGCAGGAGAUCGCCGACUUCAUCCAGAGCCAGAGGCCUCAGAACUGCUACAUGCACUCAGAGUCCGACUAUCAGCUGCUGCAAUGGCUUUCCGCCGACAUCGGUGGAAUCGCUUAUUUCGGCUACGCCUACUAUGCCCAGUAUGCCAACCAGCUGACCGUGGCCCGAAUCGCCAGUGACAAAUACAAAGGCGUCAAGGACACGGCCGAUGCGAAGGUCGAACCUUCGACCUACACCAUAACUGACGGGUCGUACAGCAUCUAUAAGCGUCGCCUCUAUAUGAACGUCGACAACGAGGCCUGGGACCGAGUCCACCCUUUCCUGAGCUUCGGCUUCAGUUCUGCGGGUCAGUCCCUGGUGGCUUCCGUGGGCUACGUCGCUGUGAAUGCCGCCUUGCUGGCCAAGAUGAAGAUCCGGAUUGACGAGCGUGGAAACGAAGAGGCGGACUACGUAUCCAUAGCUCCCUCCAGCUGCUCUGUCGGAACAGAGUUAAGUGCGGUCCCGUACGUCAACCGGUUUGGCAACAACAAGAUCAACUACACGUGCAGCCUUUGCCCUUUGGGCAGAUUCAAGUUCCUGGACACCCCGACGGCCUGCACGAGCUGCGAGUCGGGCCGCUACACGGGCCAGGUGGGCCAGAGCUCCUGCAGCCUCUGCGACCUCGGCUACGAGGCCGUGAACGGAACCUCCUGCCGCGCCUGCAGUCCCGGGUUCUACAAGGGCGAAGCCGCUGCGGCCUUCUGCUCGCCUUGCAUUGCAGGGAUGUUCAACAAUCAGUCUGCGCAGGCCAGCUGCAACUUCUGCAGCCCAGGGUCCUUCGCGCCCGAGGGCUCCACGCAGUGUUUCGAUUGUCCUUUCAACGAGAUCGCUCCAGUUCCGGGGUCCGCCACCUGCAGCUACUGCGGAGAAGGCUUCACCACGACGCAGAUGGGCUCCACGGCCUGCCGCCGCUGCCGAGCCGGGAGCUAUCGCUCUUCGGAGCCGCAGUGUGUUGAGUGCCCGGACGGGAAGACGACUGCGUUCCAGGGAGCCAUCCUGAUCGGUGACUGCAUCUGCCCCGGUGGGCAAUUUCUGCGAGAUGGGCUGACAGGCGACAGCCUGGAGGCCAUGGCCAGCGGCAGCUGCGCGAACUGCGGUGGGGAGGGGCUGAACUGCGGUCUCGGCAGCGACCUGCGCAUCUACGCAAGCUUCCUGGCAGGGGAGGAGAUGGCCCCGGAGGAGCAGCUCUUCCCACUCCUGGAAGAGGGUUACUUCGCCACACCAGAGGAGCCGACGCAGGUCUACAAGUGUGGGGCUGUGGCACACUGCCCAGGUGGGCUGCCUGGAACCUGCGCUGAGGGGCGGAUCGAGAUCCCCUGUGGCCGCUGCCAGGUCGGCACGAAGUUCGAGGCUGGCGUUUGCCGGGAAUGUAGCGGCAUGGACAACUUGCUCUUCUUCUCGGGAGCCGUCGCCAUGGGGGUUGCCAUCCCUGUCUUCUACUACUUCAUGAACUCUCCCGUGACUGCCAAGGCUUCCACGAUGUUGAGCACGACGAUGGCUUUCGGCAUGACCCUGACGCUGCUGCAGACCAUCGGGCUGGUCGGCUUAGUCUCCCUGAGCUGGCCUUCCUACAUGCAGCCCCUCAUGGACUUCGUUUCGAUCUUCAUGCUGGCCGUGGCCUCAGAUCAGAGGGCCAUCGCAGCAGAGGGUGACCUGGAGUCCCUGAACUUCGACUGUGUUGGGGUGAGCUCGUCCAUGCGCUAUGCGGUCAGUGUGCUGUGCUGGCCGGCUGCCCUGGGAUGGUUGGUGCUCUGUGGCCUCCUGUCCAAGCUGGGUCCCCGGAAGUUUCACUUCGCCAGGGCCAAGGCGAUCAGCACCUUGGGCCAGCUCUUCCAGAUCGGAUUCACCAUCAUCGCGAAGACUGCGCUGAUGCCGUUCAUGUGCUACUCUCAUCCCAACGGGAAGUCAAGUGUCCUCCGCUUCAGUGACGUGAUCUGCUGGGAGGAGCAGACGGGACACACGACAAUGGUCAUCUUCGGUGUCAUUAUGACUGCGACCAUGGUCCUUUACUGGUGCACGCUGCUUGGGGCCACCAUCCAGGCGCCAAAGAGGUCGGCGCGGGCGGACAUGUUCUUCUUGCAGGCGACGCGGUUCUUGUUCUUUCGCUUCAGGACCGACUAUUGGUGGUAUGGAACAUGGUUCAUUCUCCGAGGUCCCCUCUUGUCCUUGCCGGUUGUGAUCUUUACCGACUUGCCCCAGGUGCAGCUGUUCGUCAUGACAGCCGUCGUGGAAACAUACAUGGUACUGCAGCUCAUGACGUGGCCCUGGAAGACGCCGUUGAUCAACCUGGCAGAUGGGGCCAUGAGCAUGAUGAUGAUCCUGCUGCUCUCCAUCGGGGCGGCCUUCCUGGAUGCCUUGGAGGGGGAGGUGAAGGCCACCUACUCCAGCUUGGCCGUGGGCGUUCUUGGCAUUCUCUACGCCAUUGCCUUCUUGUUGCUGUCUUUGGUCGUUGUGGCCCUGGUCCACACGACCGCCAUGGGCUCCGCCAACGAGCUUCCGAUUCUGACGCUGGGGUACCCUCCAAGCAACGACACGCUGCGACAGGCUUUGGAUGCGCUGCAUACGACAUACGAGGAGGCCGACGCCAGCACCAUAGAGAAAGCCAUCGACGAGCUCAACGUCUACGACAGGCGGAUGCUCGCGACGGUCCUAACCACCUUGGGGCCCUACUUCACGAAUGACCACAGAAUGCGACUCAUGAAUCGGCUCAGCGUCAGCACCGUCUCCUUGCCGUCUGUGAAGGUAUUGUCGCUCUUGAGAAGUGUGGUGUGGGUCUCGCGGUUCCCGGCAGCCGCAGUGAACCCGGAUUGUCCCGUUUGCACUUUCCGGGCGCCAGCAGAGGUUCUGAGCCCAGAGCAGAUGGAAGAGGACCCCAAAAGCUUGGUCAACGGAGAGAAGGGGAAGGAGCAGGAAGAGAAAACGACUGGUGCGGAAGGUGGAGAGAACCAUGUGCAGCUCUCAGACACGCGCAACAAGCUCCGCUUCGCUGAGGCGUUUUACUCCGAGGGGUGCGGUUGGAACCUGGCCGCGAAGACAGUUGAGGCCACGCCGAAAGCGAAAGGAUCCGACUCGACUCCGCAACAGCAGCUCAAUAUCUUCAUGCUGAAAGAUGCCAGCCAAGUCUUAGUGCUCUCUCCCAUCCAAGCUUUCGAGCACUUUCGAUGCUGUGAGGAAUUUGUGGUGCCCGGGCGGAAGCAGAAAAUCGACCUUCAGCCUGAGUCCAGGCGAGGCGUGGGUGUGACUCGUUGUGACUGGUACUGUAGUGACUCUGGCUCAGGCUCGCUGCCGGCCAAGAAGACGAUCCUCGGGGCAGUCUGUGGCCCUGUGGAAGUUCCCACGAGCGGUGGCCCUGAAGGACCUGGGAACCAGUUCUGGACGUCGAAACCCGGCGUCUGCCAUGUGCAAAAGCCCGUACCACUGACCGCUAGGGCCGGGCUGUCACGAAGUCCCUUAGCCCAGGCCAUGGAAGCCCACUUCGACCGGCCUCGCUCGGACCGAGGUGCCGGCCAGCAGGUUCGGCAACGGAUGUCCGGAGCGCAACAGAUCAUGGCUUGGGUCGAGCGCGAGCUGCAGGUUCUGGGUCAAAAUGGCUCGGUACCGCAGCAAGAUCGCGUGCGCGUCUUCAAGGAAGCUUUCGGUCGUGCGGUGGAGCUGCUGCCGGACUACCGACCGCAUGCCACAGUUUCGGUAGCAGAUUACGUGGAACGAAUGGUGGAAAACAUCUUAGUUUGUUCCGUUCUUGAUCACGGCAUUCAGGUUUUACACCGGCGCUACAUCCGCGAUCUUGUGUCCAAGUUUCGCAAAAGCAUUUGCAACGUGAUCUCCUGUGGGAGCCACAGCAGGGUGAAGCUUCCGGAAGUCCUCGGCGAGAAGAUCAAUGGCAUGCGCAUUAGUAUGGCUCAUGCUUACUUGAAUUUGCUGGCUUUCAUGGUGUUGUUGCUGGUGAUCAUGUCGCAGAGGGUCGUUUUGCUGGACUUGAGCUCUACGGUGACAUACGCUUUCCGGUGGCACCUCCUGUUCAUGCUCGCGGUGAGCAUUGCCCACUUGAUCCAUCCCACAUGGAUGCUCAAAACACCCAUGACCUGCGAUUUCUGGUAUCUGCUUGUCAUGUCAUCUGUCAUGGCCGUGGCACUCUUGCCGGAUUCUGGGGCGCCGGACCACAUGCUGUUCACGGAUACUGCGUGCCUGGCUAUCCUCUACCGUGUGCCAACGCUCCUGCUGCCCAGCCGACUCUGGGUGGUGUUUUGUGCCAACCUCGUCUACGCAAUCUGCUCCAUCGGCAAGGGUCCAAGCCACUUUGUCGUAGUUGAGUUUCUGCUCUUGCUGAUCAUCACGACCUCCUUCAUCGGGCUCCGGUCGCUGCUAAAGAGACGAGCAGAGCAGGAUUUCCGCAAUGCCGAGGCAACAACGGAGCUUCGGGUGGCUACUGCGCUGCUGAAACUCAUCUGCGAUGCGGUGAUUGAGUUGGAUGGCUCCCUGCGGUUGUGUCACCACUCUCCAGAACUCGCAGCCAUCUUGUUGCGGGAUCGGCCCGGCUUCAGCUUCGAAGGGACAAAGUUCCAGGAUCUGGUGGCCACAUCCUGGGAGGCCCGAGAAGCUGCCUUGCAGCUGAACAAAGGAGAUGAGGCGCAGGAGCCGAUCGCUCAGUCCUUCCACACGCGGCUUGUGGACAGCUGUUCGAGCAAGUUCCGCACGGAGGUCUUCCAUGUGAAGUACUGCAAGCCGGACGGACAGACAAGCCACCUUGUCGGCCUCCGCGACUUUACGGACCAAAGCUCCCUUCGCCGCGAACCUCCUGCAGAGGUGCCUGUCAGGGACAACAGUAGCAACGCUCUGGUUCGGGACAACAGCGCGCCGGAUUUCUCAAGCCGGGGCUCUGCAACAGAGGAGAUGUCGAACAUGGUUUUGCUGAGUCUCGACGUGGAGCACAUGUCCGUGGAGGCUGCUUCUGCUCCAGCCACUAGCUUGGUUGGAAUGGACCUGGUCACGCUGUUCCCCGGCCCCGGUGCAGAACUGCUUCGGGACGUGUGGUCCAAGGAGACCUUUCGGUUCCAAGCGGCGAGUUCAACUCUUGGCCGCCAGGAGUUGCCACCCCGUGUCUUCGUGUUUGUGAAGAUGGUGGUGCAAUGGCGCUCGGAGCUUGUUGACCACAUCGACGGGUGCGUUGAGGCCAUCCGAACGGACAAAGGACCCAUCAAACUGCUGAUGCGCUGCCGCGGCAGCCUCCUGACCUCCUCCUCUAGCAUCCGCUCCUCCAGCUUGGCUCAGGCCUCUGAAGGGAGACUUCUCUCUGUGGUGCCCGGCGGCGUCGAGGAUGACAUCCACUUUCUGGGAUAA